CGGGAGAAUGUCCAGGAUGUGCUGCCCACCCUGCCGAACCCAGACGACCAUUUCCUGCUGUGCUGGCUCCGAGCAAGAAACUUCGACCUGCAGAAGUCCGAGGCCAUGCUACGGAAGCACGUGGAGUUCCGAAAGCAGAAGGACGUCGACAACGUCCUAAACUGGCAGCCGCCAGAGGUGGUCCGGCUGUACCUGACGGGGGGCAUGUGUGGCUACGACAAGGAGGGCUCUCCCAUCUGGUACGACAUCGUUGGGCCCCUGGAUGCCAAGGGUCUGCUCCUCUCGGCCACCAAACAGGACCUGCUGAAGACCAAGAUGCGGGACUGCGAGCUGCUGACGCAGGAGUGUCACCGCCAGACGGAAAAGCUGGGGAAGAGGGUAGACAGCAUCACCAUGAUUUACGACUGCGAGGGCCUUGGCCUCAGGCAUCUCUGGAAGCCCGCUGUGGAGACCUACAUAGAGUUUCUGUGCAUGGUGGAGGACAACUAUCCCGAAAAACUGAAGCGUCUCUUUGUCAUUAAAGCCCCCAAGCUGUUUCCCGUGGCCUACAAUCUGGUCAAGCCUUUCCUGAGCGAGGAAACGCGCAAGAAGAUCAUGGUCCUGGGUUCAAACUGGAAGGAAGUGCUGCUGAAAUACAUCAGCGCCGACCAGGUGCCUGUGGAGUAUGGGGGCACCAUGACCGAUCCCGACGGAAACCCCAAGUGCAAAUCCAAGCUCAACUGGGGGGGCGACAUCCCCAAGACCUACUACGUGCGCGACCAGCUGAAGCAGCAGUACGAGCACCAUGUGCAGAUCUCCCGCGCCUCCUCCCACCAAGUGGAGUACGAGAUCCUCUUCCCCGGCUGCGUCCUCAGGUGGCAGUUCUCGUCGGAAGGCUCGGACAUCGGUUUUGGAAUUUUCCUGAAGACCAAGAUGGGGGAGCGGCAGAAGGCGGGGGAGAUGACGGAGGUGCUGCCCAACCAGAGGUACAAUGCGCACCUGGUGCCCGAGGACGGGAGCCUCACCUGCAGCACCCCUGGCAUCUAUGUCCUGCGGUUUGACAACACCUACAGCUUCAUUCAUGCCAAGAAGGUCAGCUUCACGGUGGAGGUCCUGCUUCCAGACAAAGCUUCAGAAGAGAAGAUCGAACAGCUGGGGGCGGUCACCCCAAUGUAAUGCCUCCUCCCACCGCAGGCCUGGCUCCCUCAGUGUCUCCCCGUCAGUUUCUGUCCCCUGUCGCAGUCAUUUUUCCAGCACCCUGAUGCCCAAAGGAACUGGGGCUAGAAGGAAGACCUCAGCUUGAAUCUGGGGAGUUUUCAUUUCAGAAUUAGGAAGAGGGAGCAGAGCAGGAGGGGGUCUCCCGGUCUUUCAAGCUACGGAGGAGUCCCCAGGGGCUGGGCACUGUGAAGGGGUCUGUAUGUCCUGAAAACUGUGCCUACAGCACCCACCUGUGACAGCUGAGACAGGAAGGGGGUCCCAUGGGGUGGCAGCAGGGAAGAAACUGGAAAAAAAAGGGGAGAGACUGAAACGUAACAUUUCAGCGAAGCCAGCAGCAGGGGAGAGGAACUUGCAACCAAAUGAAUACGUAAGCCCUAGAUUAUAAUGAGCAGCAGAAGGAGUUGCUAGAGUUCGCCGGGGGUCAGAGGCGCUUCUAAACCCUCUAUCACUGAGGCUGGGGUCCUGUGGCUUCCCCCCCAUCUCAGGAGGUGGCAUAGAGCUUCCCACUCAGGGGUACACAGGCAGGUCUUGCCCUCACCUUGAGAACUUCAGCAACUCCGGGGUCCCUACGGCUGCCUAUUUAAUUACUGAUGAUUGUCAUUGAUUCAGAGCUUCCUGGGACAGUGAGCUUCGGUACCCGGCCACUGUCCUCCGAUGCAAACAAAGCACAGGGAAAUUACCUCCAGGGAUCCCAGCUCUGGGGAGGGAAGGGAGGCUCCGGGUGCGUGUGAGCCUGAGGUUUCCAGCCUCCCAUGUGAGCACCCCACACAAAAAUGACAGGUGGGAUCCAGAUGGUAGAACUCAAUGAGGGCAUUUGCCAGUCUGAGCCGUCCACGGUGCCCGCAGACCCGCUCCCUGUCCGCCCGAGCAAAGCCUGGGCAGUUCCCAUCUCUGGGAGAGGCGUACGGUGGGCGCCAUGGGUUCCUAGUGCCUGGCGGGGAGGCUGCCCGGGCAGGGGGCCAAAGGCAGGGCCAGCAUCUGGGAGAGCCCGGGGCUGGGGGCCGCCACAAACAGCCUCGCAGGCCCCCGGCCCCUCCACCCACGGUGACAAGCAGGGAUGGCCCUGGGCCCGCUCAGCGACCAGGAGCUGGAGGGCAAGGACCCUUCGAGCCACCAUCGCGCUUAUCCCAAUCCCACGUCCUGCAAACGCACACCAGGUCCUGGGCUGCACAGAGGCAAGAACACGAGAAGGCAGCCCAGCCUGGCGAGCUGGCCUGGCGGAGCGGACGGGUGCAGGAGGAGGGGGGGCCCCCUGAGCCCGCAUGGGUCCCAGCCAGAACACUCAGGAGGACAUCCCGACCUUGGUUUACAACGCUCUGUUAGGAAAAUUAACCAAUGAAUAAAGCAACGUUCAAUGCACAGAAA